AUGGUGCACAUCACUGAAGAUCUUGUUAGAAGACGUGCAGAACAUAACAACUGUGAAAUUUUUUCACUGGAAGAAAUCUCUUUACAUCAGCAGGAAAUAGAAAAGCUAGAGCAUCUUGACAAAUGGUGUCGAGAUUUAAAAAUUCUCUAUCUUCAGAAUAACCUAAUUCCAAAAAUUGAAAAUGUGGGCAAACUAAAGAAGCUGGAAUAUUUAAAUGUGGCUUUGAACAACAUUGAAAGAAUUGAAAAUCUGGAAGGCUGUGAAGACUUGAAGAAACUUGACCUGACAGCAAAUUUCAUUGGUGAACUCUCCAGUAUUGAAUCCCUAAAAUGCAAUAUUCAUCUGAAGGAAUUGUUUCUAAUGGGUAACCCAUGUACUGAAUUUGAAGGUUAUAGACAGUUUGUAGUGGCAACUCUUCAUCAAUUAAAAUAUUUGGAUAGUAAAGAAAUAGAACGUUCGGAGAGGAUUAAAGCACUUCAAAACUAUCCAGAGGUGAAAAGGAAAAUCAGAGAACAGGAACGAACUUACCUUCUCAGAAGGGCCAGAGAAAAGGAAGAGGCUCAAAGAAGGAUGCAAGAAAGAAAGGAUGAGAAACAGAAACAAAUGGACUCUAAGCUUGGAUUUGACAGCCCAGACUCCUUACAGGGAAAACCCAAUCAUGCAGAAGGAGAUGGAGAGCAGGAAAGAUACAGAGCAGUUGAAAAUGAUGAUGAAGACAGAAAAUUUUGGGAGGAGCCUACACCAUACACUCCAGAAUCUAGAUUAGAAACUCACAGAUAUAUUGAAGAAAAACGGAGAGCUAAAGACAAUAUAAGGGAAUCAAAACAGAGAGAGAAGAUUUCUUGGACACUGGUCACUGCAGAAGGAAAAGUUCUGAAUGUGAAUGUGCCUAAGCUUCAUUUCUCUUUGAAAGAUGAUGAAGAAAACAACCAGAUCAUCUUGGAUCUCGCUGUUUACAGAUAUUUGGACACUUCUUUACUUGAUGUUGAUGUGCAGCCAACUUACAUACGAGUACUGGUGAAGGGAAAGCCAUUUCAGCUUGUGCUCCCUGAGGAAGUGAAGCCAGACAGCAGCUCUGCUAAAAGAUCACAAACAACUGGUCAUUUAGUUGUCACCAUGCCAAAGGCUAAAGAAGUAAUCCUGGCUAAGCAAAAAGUUUCAGCUUCAAUUAAACAUUCUGACUGCAAUACACAGCAAAAAAACACGAGAAGGAGUGGACAAAUUGAGAAGUUAGAAGUGGAUCCUAGUAAAUAUUCAUUCCCUGAUGUGACAAAGAUAAUCCAAGAAAAGGAACGAACUGGACAGGGACCUAUAAAGCUCCAACCACAGAAGGUUACAGAGCCUAAGAAGAGCUGUGUUGAUUUGGAAAAUAAUGAAGAUGUUCCUCCCUUAAUUUGA